AUGGGAAAUUUAGGAGGAGCCAUGUGGGAAGAACUCCUCUACAAUGAAAUGCAUGAGGGUGAGAGGAAGUGCCUGCAUGAUAUGAUGUUAAACGACAUAUGGGGGGACGCAGAGUCAAGUGAAGAUGAGCUGCAGAGCAGGGAAGAAUUCAACCCUCACGACUUCAUCUUUACAAAUACGGAUAGUAACAUUUUUGAGCAUUAUUCAGAUCAUGAAACAUAUAAAGAGGUCAUGGAUUUGCUGAGGAGGACAGAUGUAAUAGACAAUGUGGAGAGUAAAAUUGAGGGGAAUCCCAAUUUCGUGAGUGGCGUGCAGGAGGUGGACAUAAAGAACUUCAUGAACUUUGACCCAUUGUUUGUUAAGGUGUACCAUGAGAGGGGGGCAGCCCCGGGGGGAGACAGUACACGCGAAGCAACGGUAGAGAAGGAGGUAGAAGGCAAAAGAGAGACCUACCCUCUGGAGGGAGUAGAGCAGACGAAGGUCGGGAAGGAGAAGAACGCCCGGGCGAGCACCGACUUCAGCGACGACGAUAUCUUCACCCCCAAGGCGCUGAAGAGGAAAAGGGAGGACGGGGAGAAAGCGAAACCGAAAAAUCAAAACCAGGCAGGUAGCCAAAAUGGUCAACAAAAGGACAGCGGCAAUCACAGUGCUAAUCACAGUGCUAACCAAACCGGUAACCGUAGCGUAAACCAAAGCGGCAACCCCAGCGUAAACCCAAGCGGGAAACAAAGUGGUUUACGGAUAGACUCCCCAGGGGACGCCAUCGAGAAAAGCACCACGCCUUCAGCGAGGAAAAUCAAACAGAAGAGGAAACCCCAAGUGACUGACGGCAAAAGUGGAAAGACGUCCCUUCCAUCGGUGAAGAAAACCACGUGCAAGGCAAAGAAAAGCGGCAUGGCUACCACGGACAGGGGGGAGAAGCCAAAUGAGGAGUCCUAUUCCUUCCCCAUAAAAACAAAACGCAAGGAAGCCUUUUCCAAUGCAUUCGACAUACUGAUUAAAAGAAAAAAUGAAAAGAAUGAAGAAGCCAUUAAAGCAUACAACGAUAUUAAUUCAAAAAAAAGGCGAAACAGAAACAACUCGAAGAGUGGAGAAAGCCAUAGUAAUGAAGACUCGUACACAAACGAUUACCGCUUAGGAUGUCGAUUGGACAGGACAAAUGAUAAAAAGGAUGAAAGGAAGAAGAGUCAUAAAAAAAAUACAGAUGACAUGAAAGAGGGAUGUGGAGAUAUCCCACAGAGAUACCAACACUUAGUAGACCAAGGAUUAGAAAUUAACGUUUUACGCUACGCCCUCAGCAUGAAAAUGAGUUCAAAUGAACACGUAAAAGAAUCCGACAUCAUCGGCCUCUAUGACAUUAAGAAGAUUAUAAAGGAUAAAAUUGUGAAUGCGAUUUUGAGACCCGAUUUAUUUACAGGGUUGAAUAGAGCUGCAAAAGGGAUAUUACUCUUUGGUCCCCCAGGGACAGGCAAAACGAUGAUUGCCAAGUGGGUGGCUUCUCAUUGUAGAUGCUCGUUUUACAACGUAAGCACGUCUUCCCUAUUUAGUAAAUACAUUGGAGAGACAGAAAAAAUUGUAACUUGUCUUUUCAAAUGUGCAGAGGUGGAUAACCCCUCUAUCCUCUUCUUCGACGAAAUAGAUUCCAUCCUAGGUAUGCGUAAAAAAGAUGAAGACGAUACAACCAUACGAAUUAAGAAUCAGCUACUACAAAUGAUUGACGGUAUUAACACUAAGAAGGACGCCGUCAUUGUAAUUAUUGGGGCAACCAAUCGACCUGAUAUGAUCGAUGAUGCAGCGCUAAGAAGAUUCAACAAGAGAGUCUAUAUACCCCUUCCAGAUUUACAAGCAAGGAAGGAGCAAAUACGUUAUAUCAUCACGAAACACACACACUCUGGGUUUCAAAUGAGUGAAGAGGAGUUGGACUCCAUUUCACACAAGUUACACAACUGGAACGGAAGCGACAUCUACCACCUCUGCACCAAGUGUUACGAGUAUGUGUAUGAUGAUGCUGUGGAGCAGUACAAUGGAAUUGAGAACAUACCAAAUACUUCCAUCUUUAGAGCCAUUCGAUACGACGACUUUAUAAAGGCCAUGUCCCAGGUGAACACGUCCUACAAGUGCGUCUUCGACUACGACGAGUGGAGUCAGAAGCACGGCUCCCUCUGA